CUGUAACUCACUAUCUUUUAUAAUUAGCAACUCUUGUGUUUUUGAGGACAUUCUUAAACAAUCAAUUUUAUAUUUGUCAGCUCUACUCAAAACCUUUUAGGUUGCUCAUUUUAUAACGCUUACUUAUCUCGGCAUUACUGACGGUAUAGUGGUUCACUCGCUCACCACGCAGGCAGCUUGGGUUCGGUUCCUAUUAGUGAUGGUGUCAGUUGUGAAUGAGUGUGAAUGGUUAGUGGUGACUGGCGACCAAACUUCAGGGUGUAGGCAGCUCGCAUACGCUCCAGCUCCUCGAUCCUUGAACACGGAGGCCAUGAGUCAACCAGUCGUGUUGCCUUAUAAAGCACCAGAACAGCCUUAAGAAUCACUCAGAAAGUGUGGAUGCAGGGAAUGCAGUACACAAGAAAAAAGUACUUUUUUAAUUGCAGAGACCAGCUGGAUUAGAACCUUGGAACAUUUCAGUUUGCCCCCCUUGGAUUAAGCUGUUUCACAAGUAGUGUAACUUGUCAUCGCCAAGCAGUGUCCCCAUUCUUACCCCAUCUGCAGCCCAAAACCCUCAAUGCUCAAUUCUGAUGCCUCCUUCAGCUCCAGGCGGGAGCUCCUUGACCUACAUGGCCCCCCUCUCAGCAGGGAUCCUUCUCUGGACGACCCAAGCCCCGUGGACUCUCACAUAGACAGCCUCGUAGACUCGGGGGCCAGACACACCGAUGCUCCCGUUCGGCCAUCCAUUCUCACUGGAGUUUCCACCUUUCCAGGACAAAUCUAUGGGGCACAAAGCAGCCUUUGCUCAGAGUCACAGAUUAGGUUGAAUCAAAUCCCCACAGACUCAAAUCAGCUUUGCGGCUGGGGGGCUCUGACACCCAAAGCUGUCCAAGUCUUCAACACUCCCCGUUGGGUCUUGUUUUUCCUGUGUGUGGCCUCUUUCCUCCAAGGGAUGAUCAUCAAUGGCUUCAUCAACACCGUGGUGACAACCAUAGAGAGGCGCUUCGACCUGCGAAGCUACCAAGCUGGGCUCAUUGCCAGCUCCUAUGACAUCGCGGCGUGCAUUUGCCUGGCCUUUGUCAGCUACUUUGGCGGGACGGGCCACAAGCCUCGUUGGCUGGGUUGGGGGGUGCUUCUCAUGGCUCUGGGUUCUCUGGUCUUCGCCUUGCCUCACUUCACCACGCCACCUUACCGGGUCAGUCUGUCCAAGCAAAGUGGAAUGUGUUCUGCCAACCGGACCAGCCCUUGCCAGGACCAAGAGGGCGGGGGAUUGUCCAGCUACCGAUUUGUGUUCAUGCUGGGACAAUUUCUCCACGGCAUGGGCGCUACACCCCUUUACACACUGGGUGUCACGUAUCUGGAUGAGAAUGUCAAGUCAAACUACGGGCCUGUUUACACUGGGAUCUUUUAUACUGCAGCCAUUGUGGGUCCAGCAGCAGGUUACCUACUUGGGGGUUACUUCCUCAACAUUAACACUGAGAUCCACCUCACGACAGAGAUGACCCCAGAGAACCCUCUUUGGGUUGGUGCUUGGUGGAUUGGCUUCCUACUCGGUGGAGCAGCAGCUCUGUUGGUGGCGUUUCCCAUCCUGGGCUAUCCAAGACAGCUGCCAGGUUCUCAGGAGCACAAGGCCACGCGGGUGUCUGAGGCCCACCAGCUCAAAGAUGGCAGUCACACCACAGCUUCGGACCCUCAGUUUGGCAAAUCAGUCAAAGACAUGCCAAGAUCUGUGCUGCUGCUUCUAAAGAAUCCCACCUUCUUGUUUUUGUGCUUGGCUGGUGCUACAGAGGCCACUCUCAUUGCUGGCAUGUCAACAUUUGGUCCCAAAUUCUUAGAGUCUCAAUUCAGCCUCAGUGCAUCUGAAGCUGCCACUUGGUUCGGUUACAUGGUUGUACCAGCAGGAGGCGGGGGUACUUUCCUGGGGGGCUAUAUCGUAAAGAAACUGAACCUCCGCUGCCGAGGCAUCAUUCGUUUCUGCAUGAUCUGUGCCACUGUCAGUCUGAUCGCCAUUUUCAUCUUUCUCAUCCACUGUCCAAAUGUGCCCUUGGCCGGAAUCACCACCCCAUACCGGUCGCCGGUCAAAAACCCAAUGGACCAGUUCCAGCAACUUUAUGACCGACCUAAUCAUCUCACGGCAGGAAACAGCAGCUCUUCUGUAACGGAGAGCUUGACAGUGGGCUGCAAUGAAGGUUGUAGCUGUGUCUGGGAGCUGUAUAACCCCGUUUGUGGUGCUGAUAACGUCAUGUAUUACUCCCCCUGCCAUGCUGGCUGUACCUCCAUCAACCACACAGAAGACUCCACGGGCAAAAAGGUGUACUCUGGAUGCAGCUGCGUGGUGUCGGCUAAUGGCUCUUUGGACCAAAAUGGAUUUGCUACGGCAGGAAAGUGUGGCAGCAGCUGCCAACACAUGUCAGCCUUCCUCUCGUUUUUCUUCAUCAUCAUCUUCUUCACCUUUCUCUGUAGCAUCCCGGCACUCACUGCCACACUCAGGUGUGUUCCAGACAGUCAGAGAUCCUUUGGACUAGGCAUCCAGUGGAUUGUCGUACGCACAUUUGGUGGUAUUCCUGGACCCAUCGCAUUUGGCUCCAUGAUUGAUAUUUCCUGCUUACUAUGGCAGGAUAAGUGUGGAGAGCAGGGCUCUUGCUACCUCUAUCAGAACACGGCCAUGAGCCGAUACACGCUCUUCGCUGGCAUUCUUUAUAAGGUUUUGGGGACAAUCUUCUUCUUGCUGGCCAGCAUCUUGUACAAGCCUCCCCCGGAGUCACCUCAAAGCAGCUGCGAAAGCAGUGACCACGAAACCUGCAACAAGAGCGACUUUCCUGUGAAAGAUCUUUCUGCAGACGGUGUCAUUGUCAACCCGCAUGCCAGGUUUUGACAACAGAGGCUUUCAUCUGUGGAGUCUCGGUUUAUGUGACGGUGCUUUUUUGAUACCUUCAGUCAUAGGGAAGUUGUUGUUCCCCAAAACUGAAGCUAACCUUCUGUGUUCCCCAUUAUCUGCGUUUUCUGCAUUAUCAGUUCCGCAUUUCUACAUUACCUUGAAAUAAGUGACAAACUAAAGGAAAACAAAGUGUAAUCACUGAACGUAAUUUACGGGCUACAGAGCACAUCUGACCAGAGACCGCAACAAAUAAAUGUAGCCAUAAAACCGAAUAUUGGUAUGUACAUGUUAUGGCCACUUCACUUUAUGAGCCGCAGGUCUGCACAAGCGAUCACGCGGGUUUUUUAUUUGUAUUUUUUUAAUUUUUGACUUAGUUAAACACCUUUAAAUGCCCCCCCCCCCACAACAAUGCCAAACUUAGCCAGUUAUACAAUAGCACCCCGAGAAAAGUAAUUGAUGGCUACCUUCUGCUUUUUCAUCCUGCACACUAAACCCACCACCAAUCCUCAUCCUAUAUAUCAUCCUAGCCUCACUUUGAACUCCGCUCAUGACUAACAUCAUGAUUCAGUAGCAGUUGUAGUACAGAAAUUACAAUAAUUACAGAUUCUAGUAUGUAACGCUUGAAGACUGCAUACUCCAUAUUUGAUUUGAUUGCCUUUGCUGCUACCAAAUGCUUAAGCACUUUUCCGCUACCAAUUGUCAGUACAUGUAACUUCUGUACAAUUAACUGUUUUCUAACAGGUGAGAAUGUUGACCUCUAAUCAUUCCAUCAUAAUCCUUUUCCCACUGAAUCAGAAUACAGUGGACCCCGAGUUAUGAAUCUCCAUUUUAUGAACUAUUUGGGCUUUGCACAAUAUAUCCAUAGAAAAAUGAUCUAUGUACAAUUUUCAAUAUACGAACGAUCUUUAUGGAUGAGCAGAUGGAUGGAUAUGUUAUCCUCCUUCUCGUGCUACACAGCCAUUAUUAGCAUUCUCGAUCAUCCAUUGACAACCGAUGGACACGAUCGCCCAAACAAAGUCUAAAAAGUUCUUUUAUUUUCAUCAGAAAAUAUUAUUUACAAUAUAUUUUAUUUAAAGGUAUGUAGCGUCUCUUUAAGACAAUGAACGGUUAAUGUCGGUUGAAUCAUGUCAACGCCUGUUGUCGUGGAAGUUCCAACUACAGACAGUACAUUCACCCGAUCGCAAAUGCCAGAAGCAGUCGCGUUAUGAAUGUAUGCGUCAGUAGGUUCCACGGUGACACUUUGACCUUUUGCUGAACAACUAGACAAAGUAUUUACAAUUGGAAUGGCUGCAAAGAAAACGGAAGCUGCUAUAAUGAAUGUUAAAAAGAAGCUUGUUGUGUAGCCUGGCUGUGUGCAUCAUGCGAAGCAAGUGUUGUUCUUGACAAAGAGCUUGCUGGUGAUAAUGUGAGGGAGACAAUAAAAAAAAAAUUACAUGGAAGAAAAACGUUUUCAAAAGAAAUGUCAAAUUAAUCUUUUAUAGUAAAUGACGAUAUGACGUACCAUUUUAUGACAUUUUUGGAGCAAAGACAAGUUUGGACCAGUUUACCAAAAUCAAGAAAUGAUUUAGAAAGGAAAGACAUACCAAAAAAAAAAAAGGAAUGUUUUUAUUUAUGGAGGCCGACUUUUUCAAUGGGGACGCUGUGGUCGUUCUUCCACUUCUCUCCUCCUUUGUUAAAGUUAGCAAGCAAUAAAUAGUUACCGUGUUUUUUUUAAGGUUAAUUUCUUUUGAGUGUGUUUUCAAAUAUGUCUAUAAUGGAUUAUAUUUAUUUUUAACUACACACUGUUUAAAAAAAAUCUUGGCACAGUAAAAUGGCAUUUCCAUUCAUUUCAGUGGGAAACAUGACCUCGUUUUGAUGAACAGUUCAAGUGACAAACGAGGUCACGGGCCUAAUUAAGUUUUAACUGUAUUUUCAAAUUGAUAGUGACCUCCGGAGCAAAAAUCAAAAGUCUGAUGACUGGCCCAUGUGUUAGAAAUUUAAGGAUGAUAGUAAUAUAUAUAUCAUUGCAAAAAUAUCCCACAAAUCGUAAAUACCCCUCUAUGACCCCGAUAUUCGAAUCUAAACAAUCUAUUCCAAUGAAUCUGCAGUAGCUAAGAUUGAAAUUAUAUUCAAAUGUGCAUGAGAAAGAAGCAUGAAGACUUUAAAAGAUGACAAGAUGGAAACUCAGCAUUCCAUGCGUUAAGUUUGAACUGCCAAGUGAGAGAAAAGCAUAUCAAUCCAUUUGCUCCUUUUGUCUCCGCCUCAGUGACAGAAGAUACCGUAGCCACUAUUUUACCUACAUUGCUCCCUGCAAAUAAAGCCAUGCCUUUAAACUACUGCCCGAUGUCUUCCGAAUCUUUUUUUUUUUUUUUUUUGUCGUUAGAGUAUUUGGAAAAGCUUGUGCUCAAACAAACAGUAAACGGAAAAGCACAAUUGUAUUUAUCAAUUUGAACAUGCGGGCGAUGAGAUUGACCGUCACGUGCUGGAUUUUGCGGAAAUCAUAAAACCACAAUUGUUUUGCAGGGUUCUCUCAUUUUGGUUCGUCGUUCAGCUGAUUUGCCCCAUUUGGCAGAUUGAAGAGGUAAACCGCUCAUUAGUUUCUCCGUGUUGCCCGACAAAUCUAUACUUCUUCACUGCUGUAACAUACGCCAAGAGAUGAUGUACUGUAUUGUAUGACCACAUUUUGUGAUCCACAUUCAUGAUUUAAUGUUCAAUAAAUAUUGCUUUCAUUGCCCUCUGUCCGUUGUUAACAUAAGAUGGUGUCUCUUGUUGUUUUGGAUGGACUUGCGAUUUAUGUUGCCAAUGUCGUACGUAACAGCCAGCCAGCUGUGUUUUUCAGACUUUUGUUCAUAUCCUGAAUGUCUUUUUUAAGGAAGAUGAAUUUGAAUAUAUUUUUACGUGCUGUUUCAAUGAUGUCAAGUGUUAUAUAAUUAAAGUUUGAGAUAAAAUUGGA